AUGGUCAACAACGCCGUCGUCGUGCCCGUAGCGGUCCUGGCCGCCCUGUCAGUGGCCAUGUUCGUCUUCAUCUGCUGGUGGUUCCCGCGGCACUACAAGAAGGGCGUGGAGCAGGACAUGAACAUCAUGGACAACGAGCGGGCCGAGCGGAACGAGAUCCACGUCGACAUGGGCCACCAGGCACAGCUCAUCGGCGAAGACGGCGCGCCGCGCAAGAAGACCCUUGAAGAACACAUCGCCAUCGCGAGGGAACAGAUCCGGAGGGGCGGUCAUAACCCGUCGACGACGCCGCCGUAUUGA